AUGCGGGAGGCGGAGGCCACUUACAUUAGGCGUUUCGCUAGCCGCAGAGUAAAACCGCCCCCGGGUGUGAUCGACAGUCUUCGCCUAGCGCAAGGCUUUACGGGGAGUUUAGGGGAAGCAAUGUCGGGGAUCCUAGCGGCAAUGUGCCCGGACGACGACCCGUCGAGCGACUCGCCGUGUCAUGAGGAGGACCCCAUAGAUUUUGUCGAUGAGGAGGAGAAAAUACCGGCCGAAUCGUUCGACUGGUCUUGUGACUACGAGAUAUUUUGUGGUCGGCCUGAGCCAUACUUAAACGCAAGCAAUUGUGGCACUAACAUUGAGGAAACAGAUCCUCUAAAGCUGGUCACUCAUGUUUGGGAUUAUAAUAUAAUGAGUUUAAUUGUGGCUCAGACCAAUGAAUAUGCGUGGCAGCAAAUUUCGCAGGCUGCCGAAUCCGUGGACGGGAUCUCUGCGAAUUCCCGAAUAAACGAUUGGGUGGAAACAACAACUGACGACAACAACUUUAUAGGCUUUUUGGGCUCAUAA